CCGCUGGACCUGGUGGCGCUCGCAGAGCAGGUCCAGAAGGCUGAUGAAUUCAUCCGAGCAAAUGCCACCAGCAAGUUGUCAGUCAUAGCUGAACAAGUCCAAUAUUUGCAAGAACAAGCCAGAAAGGUUCUGGAGGAUGCCCACAGAGAUGCUGACUUGCACCACAUAGCUUGUAACAUGGUGAAAAAACCUGGUAAUAUUUAUUACCUAUAUCAACGGGAGAGCGGCCAGCGAUACUUUUCCAUUAUUUCUCCAAAAGAGUGGGGAGCAGGUUGUCCACAUGACUUCCUUGGUGCCUACAAACUACAGCAUGAUUUAUCCUGGACUCCAUAUGAGGACAUUGAGAAGCAAGAAGCUAAAAUCAGCAUAAUGGACAAGCUGCUAAACCAGCCAGUGGCCCUGCCCCCAUGCCCUGAACCCAUCUUCCAGGGACUGAGCCACUGACCAGCAGGCUCUCUUAAAAGCCUGAACAUCACCUCCUUGUUGCCCUUAUCUCUGCCUUGGUGGAAGUGGUCAUGAGAACUGAGGGGACAUGGGUGACUCUUGGGAUGAUGCCC